AUGGAUUAUAUUAAAGAUAAAUUAAAAGAAGCCAGAGUGGCUAUAGAUAAAAAAGAUUAUAAAACAGUGUUAGAAAUUUGCACUGAAAUUAUACAAUAUGAUGAUAAAAACCCAAUGAUACAUUUAUUUAUGGGUCUUGCAAACUAUAAUCUAAAUAACUAUACACAAGCCGAAAAAUCAUAUAUUGCAGCAGUUAAAUUACAACCAAAUUCACCCACCCCAUUAAAAGGGUUAUAUGAAUUAUACAGCAAAACCAACGAAAAUGAAAAAAUUACAAAUAUAAUCAAACAAUUAUUACCGUUAACCACUGAUUUAGCAAAAAAGAAAGAAUAUUCAUUAAAAUUAAUUGACCUUAGUACUGCACAAAAAGAUUAUAAAACAGCAUUAGAUUUAAUUUUACCAAUGAUCGAAGAAGUGGAGAAAGAGAACAGCAGUGGCUCAUCUGAUGAAGAGAAAAUAAAGUUUUUAGAGAAAUGCGAAAAUAUUAAUUUCUUAUAUUAUCAAUCAGUUUUAAAGUCAAGAGUAGAUGAAAAAUUACGUGAAAAAAAUAUUCCAAUCAUCGAUCCAAACCAAUCUGCUAUGUCAAUUGGUGGCCCAAAACUCACUCCUGAUCAAGUAAUCGAAAGAGAUAAAAUCGAAUUUGAAAUAAAUAAACAAUUAAUAAAUGGUGAUCAUUUCGAUCUUUCAAAAUAUAAUUUUUUAAUAAAUAAUGAUGAUAAUAUUAAAUAUUUAAAUAAUGACACCUUACUUAGAAUUUACAAUCAUUAUAUUCAAAUUUUAAUAUUAAAAAGAAGAUAUCAAACAUCAGAGAACGAACAAAAAAUUUAUAGAGAAAAAAUCAAUAAAGAAUGUCAACGUAUGAAUAGUAUUUUAGGUAAUCCAAGCUAUUCACUAGAACAAUUAAUAAAUUUAUUAGAAGAGGAUAUAGGAAACAGUAGCGAUCCACUAGAUGAAGUAUACGAAGAGAUUAAUAGACUUUCAACAAUUUUAACUUCAAAAUAUCCAGUAAGAGGUUUAGGUUGGAUAGGUUUAGGUUUCUAUGCCAUGUCAAAAAAAUCCGAUUACAGUGAUUCAAGUAAGCAAUUGAUUGAAAAAGGUUUCUCAAACACAGGCUCAACAGAUUCCUUAUUAGGCUAUUUGGCAUUAUCGAAAUGGUAUUUAGAACAAAUGAGAGCCUCUCCAUCAACCUCAAACCAUGACAGAAUAAGAGAUAUCAUAAAGAAAUCAUCAAUUGUAUUUGAAAAGAAACAAAAAGCCGUUGGCCCAUUCUUUGAUGGUAUUUAUAUUGAGCUUCAAUUAAUUUUGGUUGAGUCCUUUUGCUUCAAUUCUAACUUUGAUUUCGCUGUAAACACCCUUGAAAAACUGCUUGAAAGAGAAGACUUCCCUACCUAUCAACACCAAAAGAUUAUUUUCGAAUUGGCCAAACUCUAUUUUGAAACUAAAGAUUACGAAAAAUCAAAACUACAAUUCAAAACUCUUUUGGAUCAAUCAAAAGAAUACUAUCUUGUUAAAUCCAAAACCUAUUUACCAUGGAUCGAUGUUUUAUCUAAAGCCAACGAUAAAGAAUACCUAUUAAGCACCUCAAAGCCAAUGAUUUUAGAAUGUAUCAAAAUUAAAGAGACCUAUUUAAAUCUUUAUGUGUUAGGUUUAAUCUGUUUGGCUACCACUCAAGAUAAAACUGAAGCAACCCAAUCACUCUUAAAAUCAGCAAAACUUAACCCAAAUUUUUCAGAUACAUUCGCAAAGUUGGGUACCAUUUAUAAGGACACCGAUAAAGAAAGAUCAAAAAAAUGUUAUCAAAAGAGUUUAUCAUUGGAUAUAUUAAAUGCUGAGGCUGGUUUUAAUCUUGGUCAAUUUUAUGCAGAUGCAGGUCAAACCUCAUUGGUAAUGUCGCUCUAUAAAGAAAUUACAGAAUAUUGUACCUCUCAUGUUAAAAGGUUCCCAAUUAAUAUUGCAAAGUGCUCAUGGGCUUAUUACAGACUGGCCAUCUACCAAAUGGAUAAUAAAGAUACCCAUGGAUCAGUAGUAUCAUUAUUAGCUGCUAUCAAAGGUGAGCCAAAUAAUGAAUCCUAUUGGCGUGCAUUAGCUGAAGCCUAUAGACGUCAAUUUAAAUAUGUAGCCUCAUUAAAAUCAUUAAGAAAGGCUGAAGAAAUUUUAGAUAGUGAACAUCGUGUAGCCUCUGAUAUCAAUUUCCAAAUUGCAACUCUUAGCAAAACAUUAGCACUCUAUAGUGAUGCCGUUCAAGAGUAUGACCGUGUUUUAGCUCAAAUCGAAAAUAAUGUUCCAUCAUUAAAAGGUAAGGCCGAGUGUUUAUUAGAGCUAUCAAAAGAUAAUUUUAAAUAUAGAAAUUUCACCGAAGCAUUAAAACUCUUAAAGAUUGCCGAAGAAUCAGUCAAAGCUGCAUUAGAAAAAGAACCAGAAUUCCAUAGUCUUUGGAGAUUAUAUGGUGAUAUUUGUGGUUUCUACUUGAAUUUACCAGUUAAUGAUCAAGUUUCAAAAGUUGAAAAAUCAAAACAAUCAUCUGAAGCCUACUUUAAAUGUGUUAAAAUUCAUUCAAAUGCCUCAUCACUUCAAGAUCUUUCAAUUGGCUACUACAAUCAAUAUAUUAUUUAUAAAAAUCAAUUAAAAUUAAAAUUACAACAAGAAAAAUCAAAUAGCACAUCCUCACCAACCACCAAAGCAAUCACCUUAGAGGAAACUGAUAAUUUAUUGAAAUCAUCAAUCAAAUGUAUUAUUGAGUCGAUCAAUUUAUCACCAAACGAUUUUAGACUUUGGAAUUUAUUAGGUGUAACUCUGAUGGAUAAUUUCCCAGAACAAAGUCAACAUGCCUUCAUCAGAUCGAUUCAAUUGGACUCUUCAAAAUCUGAACCAUAUAACAACUUAACACUUUUAUAUUUACAAUAUGGUUUCUUUGAACUAUCAGAAAAAUCCUUAAUGAUUGCAAAGAAUAAUAAUAUUGACUCUGCAACAUCAUGGUCAAUUCAAGGUUUAUUAAAUGAAAUUAAAUCAUCAAUUAUAAACCACAACACUGAAAGUGGCAAUAAUGAAAAAGAGCAACCAAUCGAUGACUAUAAUUUUAUUGACAACGAAUUAGACUCAUCACCAAUCGGCGAAGGUUUAUUAGGCUAUGGUAUAACAUCAAUGCUUGGAGGAUAUAGUGAAACAUCAUUCUCUGUAUUAUACAAGUAUGUCGAAAUGAAUCCAAAAUCAGUCGAAGCAAAUAAUUGUUUAGGUUUGGUCUACAGUAAUCAAAAAGACUAUACAAGCUCUGAAAAAUACUUUCAAGAUGCUUUACAGCUAUUAUUAAAUAAUCAAGAUAGCAAUAGUAUCGGUACCGGUAUUCCAGUAGGGGUAGAUGAAGAAAAAGAUAUGGAAAUUAACAAUAGCAAUCAAAUAUCUAUUGGCUCCAUACUUUUUAAAGAUAAGUCUGUAAAUUUUGGUAAAAAUAAUAAUAUUAUCUUUAAAAAAGAAGAAAAAAUCAAAUAUAUCUCAAUUAAUUUAGCAAGAUCACAAUACAACCAAAACAAAUAUGCACAAGCACUCGAAACCCUCAAACCUUACAUAAACGAUAAUGAUUGCAAAACUAAAAACUCACUUUCAAAUAGUUUAUUAUGGGAAUUAUUUAGUUUAAUUUAUUGUAAAUUGGAUAAAACUGAUUUAUCAAUUGAUUCAAUUAAAAAAGCAAUUACAUUAUUACCAAAGCAAUCUCAAACAUCACAACAAACAUUCAAUAAUUUAAGAAAGCAAAAUCUUUUAUUAAUUUUAGCAAAAGUUCAAUUUAGUUCAAAAGAUAAUAGUAAACAAUUUGAUACAAUUAUCAAAACUUUAGAAGCAAUCAUUACAAUCGAUAGUAAAUUUUAUAAAGCAUGGUACUUCAUGGCAUCCGUUUAUGUUUCAUUCAAGAAAUAUGAUAUGGCUAUCAAGACCCUAAAGAGAUUACAAGACACAGUCAAAGAUUUAGAAAUCGAAAGCUAUUUACUUUUAUCUCAAAUCCAUGUUUUAAAUAAUAACGAUAUUGAAAAUGCCAAAAGAGAAUUAGAGAAGGCUGUUCAUUUAUUCCCAAAUGAUGAACAAGGUUGGACCGCUUUAGCUGAAUUAGAAUUACAAUUCCAUCAAAAAGAAGAUCCACUUAACUUACCAUUGAAACUAUUAGGUCACUCAUUAAACAAAAAAACAUCAAACUAUGAAUACUCUGGUAUGGGUCAACUUUCAAUUGGUCCAAAUCAUAAAGUCGAAUUAGGUCCAUCAGUUCACGAUUUAGAGAUUUUAGCCAAAGCCCAUCUUUUCGAACAACAGUCACCAUAUAACAAAUCAUUAGAUAGCGCCAUUUCUAUUAUGAAACGUAUCAUCCAUUCAAAUCCAUCACUAUCAGAACCAUGGUUAAAUUUAUUAAAUUUAAUUUACUGGCGUUCCAUCUACACCGUAGCCUCAUCCAAUGAUAACAACAAUACCGAUGAAAUUAAUGAAAAUUGGGAAAAUGUCAAAGCAUGUUGGAAUACUGUACAAUAUAAAUGUAAAUCUGAAAUUAAUGGUGACUCUCAAUUAAAAUUCCAACAAGAUAUCAUCGAAUUAGAAUUUUUAAUCGUAUUAAACCCACAAUUAUUCAAAGAAAAAUUAGAAUCCCAAUUAAAAGAGUUUAAAGCAGAUCCAUUAAAGCAAUCAGUACUUUUAUCAUUACAGGCCAAAUUCCAUCUCAGAAACAAUGAAAAAGAUCAAGCAUUAACAAUUUUAAAGAACUCUUUAAAAAUUGAACCAAACUCAAUUGAAACCUACCACCAAAUCUCGGAUAUUUAUGAAUCAAAUGACUCUUUAGAACUAUCACUAUUAUGUUUAAAUAGAUCACUUUUAAUUUUAAAAAAUAACUUGUUGAACAGUAGUAAUAAUAACAAUAAUAAUAAUAAUAAUAAUAAUAUAGGUUUAUAUUCAACAACAUUAUGUAAAAUUAUUAGAAUUUUAAUUAUUCAAAAGAAAUUUAAAGAAGCAAAUAAACUAUUAGAUCAACAAAUGGCAAACGAACAACCAAAUAUUUCAGAUAAUACAAUCAUUAAACUAUUAAAAGCAAUUCUCAUUGUAUCUGGAAGUAAAUUAACAAAUAGUAAUAUGAAACAAUACAACAAUGAUAUGAAAAAUGCAUUCACCCUCCUAGAAGAAACCAUCGUUAGUAAUUCCAAACUUUCAUUAACAAAUUUCUAUUUAGCCGUUGUAGAAUUUAAUCUUAAAAAUUUUGUAAACUCUGAAAAAUUAUUACAAAAAGAAUUAAAUAUCUCACCCUCAACUUUAAUUCAAAUUAAUUCUCUUCAAGAUAAAAUUAAACAAUUUACAAAAUAAAUUAAAUAAUAAAUAUAUAAAUAAAAUAUUUAUUCACAGUUUAAACUAC